GCCAGCGAGCAAUAUGCUGAAGGCUGGUGCCCUGGGAUCCUGAAACUCUUGACAUGUCUUGAACCCUCCGCCGCGCGACUUUUUUGGGGUGGGCAGGAGCGGAGUAGAAAGGUGAUGAAAGGUGUAGAGCGGUCUGGUGCCCUGCGCCUCAGGAUUUGCAGCAGGGCGGGAAGAAGCGAAGCACUUGCCGAAGACUGCUGCGAUACGCAGGACGCUCCAGUAGCUGGUGCAGCGAGAGCAAGAAGGAGGACGAUGUGAAGGAAUUAGCAGACUUGCGAGUGUCGCUCUCCACCAUGCGCGCAGCAUUGCGGAAUUGGGCCAAAUAUGUGCCGCCAUACUUGCUGAAAUCCUUGUACAGACAUGGUAUUGAGGCAAGGGUCGGCUUGAACCCAAAUGAAGUCAGUAUCUUUUUUUGUGACAUUGAUCGCUUCAAGGAAAUGUGCCGCGAGAGCACACCCAAAGAAGUCUUGGCGAUUCUCAGUUUGGUUCAUGGAGAGGUGUCCAACGCCAUCGAAGCUCAAGCCGGCACGCUGCUGGAGUUCGUGGGGGACGAGGUGCUGGCGGUGUUCAAUGCUCCGAAUGAGGUGGAUGACCACGAAGAGCAUGCAGUGGCGUCGGCCACGGACGUCCUGGAGCGGGCUGGCCGGCUGGGCGUCCGGAUGCGAUGUGGGGUACAUUCUGGAAAGGUCCUAGUCGGCAAUAUCGGGUCUCAAACGAGGAUCAAGUAUGGCGUCCUGGGGGACAGUGUCAAUGUUGCAGCGCGCCUCAAGAGUUUGAACUCCCACUUCCGCACUUGCUGCCUUGUGUCGGAUGAAAGUUUAGAAGAGGCAGAUGAUCUGCACAAGAGCUAUGUGGCCAGACCUGUGGGCAAUCUGGUGCUCAAGGGCCGCAAAUCGCCCACCAAGGUCUGGGAGGUGUGUGCCCGGCGAUGCGCAGCACAACAGACCUUGGCGAAAACCUACGACGCUCACAGGCGGGCUUUCGAGCUCUUUAUGGACAGACGUUUUGGUGAAGCACGGCCGUUGCUGGCUGAGGUCUGCCGCAGCCUCCGUGGGCGCUCAAGCAGCGUUGAUGAUGACAAAGCCGAUGAUAUUCCUUCAAAACAUUUGCUUGAUCUAUGUGAUAAGUUCAUCCGCGAGCCACCGCCACUGGACUGGGAUGGCUCCGAGUCGAUGACCAAGAAGUAGGAGAUGCUAUGACUCACAGCCAAAUCAGACUUUGCAGAGCCUUCCACAACGACCAUCAGGCAGGAUAUCAUUGGCCGCCAAUUCAUUGGCCCAAUCCCGAGGCCAUUGUCGACACCGGACACCGCCCGGCCGAACAGUGCACUGUGUGAAAUGGAAGGCUGCACGGCAUGCGCCGAGGGCAUGACGUAGUGGCAAAACAGCUACGCA